GCACGUGGCCAGCCGUGCUAACCGGAGGUUGCGUGUGGGUGGUGCGUAGAGUGGGAGGCGGCGUGCGGGCUGCCGGGCGGCACGGUGCUGAGCGUGCUGCGUGACGGCGGGGAGGCGAACGCGUGGUGCCGCUACCAGCGUGGGGAGAUGUCGCCCGAGAGAUUCAAAGAGCUCUUCGGCGCCGACUGCUCCAGAAUCGCGGGGCGCGCGGUGAGCGUGGACGGCUUCGUGGCGCACCUGGUGGGGCAGCUCGCCACGCCGGUGCCCGGCGCCCUCGCGGCGCUGAGGGGAGCGCGCGAGCGCGGCGUCAAGACGGCGCUGCUCACCAACAACUUCUACGUCCGCGGCGACGCCACUUUCCUCCCGCUGGACCGCGCCCUCUUCGACGUGGUGGUGGAGUCGUGCGUGGUCGGGAUGAAGAAGCCGGACCCCAGGAUCUACUCGCUCUGCCUGGAGGAGCUCGGGGUUCCUCCGAGCGCUGCCGUCUUUCUCGACGACCUCGGAGAAAACCUGGCACCGGCUCGGGCCCUGGGCCUUCGCACCAUCGAGGUGGGCGACCUCAAGGUGGCACUGGCAGAGUUGGAGUCCCUGCUGGGCUUCUCGCUGUCCCACGGCGUCCCGGACACCGGCGCCAUGCGCGCCGGCCUGGAGAUUGACGAGCGGGCGCUGGCUGCCUACCUGCGCACGGCACUGGGGCUGCACACGGACGCCCUACUCGUGCGUCAGUUCCAGCACGGCCUGUCCAACCCAACAUACUACGUGGAGUGUGGCGACCGCAAGCUCGUCCUGCGCAAGAAGCCGCCGGGAAAGCUGCUGCCAUUGGCGCACGCCGUAGAGAGGGAGUACAGGGUGAUGAAGGCUCUGGGAGCGGCCGGAGUCCCCGUACCGCAAGUGCUCUCUCUGUGCGAGGACUCCAGCGUGCUGGGGACGCCCUUCUUCCUGAUGGAUUACGCCGAAGGGCGCAUCUUCAAAGACCCGUCGCUGCCGGAUCUGUCUCCAGAGCAGCGCCGCAAGGUGUAUUCCGCGGUCACCUCCGUGCUCAGCCAAAUCCACCGGGUGGAUCCCAGCUCCGCGGGGCUCACCGACUUCGGCAAAACCGGACGAUACAUGACGCGGCACGUGCAGAAGUGGACAAAGCAGUACCGAGAGAGCGAGACCAAAUACCUCCCCUCCAUGGAGCUGCUCAUGGAGUGGCUGCCGGCUCACCUGCCCCGAGAGGAGGCCACCUGCGUGGUGCACGGUGACUUCAGGCUGGACAACCUGGUGUUCGACGCGGAGCGGCUGGAGGUGCGAGCCGUGCUCGACUGGGAGAUGUCGACACUGGGCGACCCGCUCUCCGACCUCUCCCACAGCUGCCUGCUUCACCAUCUGCCCCACAAUUUCCCCAUCCUGCCCGGGCUGAAGGGCCGCGACCUCGUGGCGCUGGGCAUUCCAAGCGACGACGAGAUGAUGAAGGCGUACUGCGGUGCCUCUGGCCGCCCACCCGUCGAGGACUGGAACUUCUACUUGGCCUUCUCAUUCUUCCGCGUCGCCGCCAUCCUGCAGGGCGUCUACAAGCGGGCGCUCUCAGGUAAUGCGUGCUCGCCACGUGCCGAGGAGGCUGGUCAGUUGGCAGAGCUGAUGGCUGACGUGGCUUGGGGUUUGGCCACACGGGAAGGAUUCUGCAUCUUCAAGGAGCAGCCCAAGCCACCCGGCGGUGGUGCGGCAGGGCAAUCCGGCCGGCCCUACAGCACCAGCUGCCGUAGCACGGCUGUCCACCGCGCGCAGGCACCCAGCUGCCCGCGGCGCUUCUUCGCUACUUGCGCGGGCGAGCCAGCCGCGGCGAACGGGCGUGGUGACGGCGGUAGAGGUGGCGGAAUGCCGGUGCGGGAGGCGGAGCUGGCCCCGGCGGCCCGCGCGACGGUGGAGGCCGUGCGAGCAUUUGUGGGCGAGCACGUGAUCCCUGCGGAGGCCGAGCUGCUGCGCUGGGAGCCUCACCCGCUGCUGGAGCAACUCAAGAUGGAGGCCCGUGGGGCCGGGCUCUGGAACCUGUUCCUGGCGUGGGAGGCCGACCCCAACGCCCGGUACGGAGCCGGCCUCACUAACGUGGAGCACGCCUUCGCCUGCGAGGAGAUGGGUCGCUCGCUGCACGCUUCCGAGGCGUUCAACUGUUCCGCCCCGGCCACGGGGAACACGGAGGUGCUCGUGCGCUACGGCACGGACCAGCGGCGCCGACGCUGGCUGGCGCCGCUGCUCGACGGCAAAAUCUGAUCCUGCUUCGCCAUGACGGAGCCUCAGGUGGCCUCCUCUGAUGCCACCAACAUCGAGGCAUCUACCAUGGAGGCCGGCGACAGCUACGUUCUGAAUGGCGCGCGUGUGUGUGGAGUUCUGGGGAGACACGCGGCGCCUGCUUUUUGUGCGAGCCGAUUCAACAGUUUAGGGACCGCGGAGUUUUUGACCUGCACAAAUAUAUAAAUAAUAAGGCGUCCAUACAAAAUGUUAAUUGCUUUAAAGUAGCGAAUUAAUUUAUUAAUUGAUACCGAUUUUGCGACAGCCAUGCAUUGUCACCGGAUCUGAGUACGUGUGCAAAAUGUGGAAUUGAUUGGACAACGGGAAGUUGACGAAAUUUUGCUUACAAGAUUUGACCACGACAAACAGAGGAAUCAAGUUAAGUAAAACCGUUGGAAAAAAAUUAUAAAGUGUAGUUGCAUAUACGAUUACCGUUAUUACAAUGCAAGUCCAAUAACAUGAAAUGCGUUUAA